GUCAGUAGGCGGAAGCUGCAUCAAACAGGUCCAAAAUGGCAGGAGCAGACGGAGACGAUUCUCUCUAUCCCAUAGCUGUUUUAAUUGACGAGCUUCGGAAUGAAGACGUCCAGUUGCGGCUGAACAGCAUUAAGAAGCUGUCCACCAUCGCCUUGGCCUUGGGAGUUGAGCGCACCCGUACAGAGUUGCUGCCUUUCCUCACCGACACCAUCUACGAUGAGGAUGAGGUCCUGCUGGCCCUGGCUGAGCAGCUGGGCAACUUCACCAUGCUGGUGGGAGGCCCGGAGUUUGUCCACUGUCUCUUGCCCCCACUGGAGAGCCUGGCCACGGUAGAGGAGACGGUGGUGCGGGACAAGGCGGUGGAGUCGCUGCGCAAGAUCUCGCAGGAGCACUCGCCCGUGGACCUGGAGGUGCACUUCGAGCCCCUGGUCAAGCGGCUGGCCAGCGGCGACUGGUUCACCUCCCGCACCUCCGCAUGCGGCCUCUUCAGCGUCUGCUACCCGCGCGUCUCCAGCACCGUCAAGGCCGAGAUCAGACAGCAUUUCCGCACGCUGUGCUCUGACGACACCCCCAUGGUGCGGCGCGCGGCAGCCUCCAAGCUGGGCGAGUUCGCCAAGGUGCUGGAGCUCGAGUACGUCAAGAGUGACAUCAUCUCCCUCUUCACCGCCCUGGCCUCUGAUGAGCAGGACUCGGUGCGUCUGCUGGCGGUGGAGGCGUGUGUGAGCAUCGCUACGCUGCUCCCCCAGGAGGACCUGGAGGCUCUGGUCAUGCCCACCCUGCGCCAGGCCGCAGAGGACAAGUCCUGGAGGGUGCGCUACAUGGUGGCCGACAAGUUCUCAGAGUUGCAAAAGGCAGUGGGGCCGGAGAUCACCAAGAAUGAUCUGGUGCCUGCCUUCCAGAACCUUCUGAAGGACUGCGAGGCCGAAGUCCGCGCCGCCGCAGCCAAUAAAGUCAAAGAAUUCUGCGAGAACUUGCCAGAGGAUGGCAGGGAGACAAUCAUCAUGACACACAUCCUGCCCUGUGUGAAGGAGCUGGUAUCUGACACUAACCAGCAUGUGAAGUCUGCCUUGGCGUCGGUCAUCAUGGGCCUGUCCACCAUCUUGGGGAAGGACAACACUGUGGAGCACCUGCUGCCCCUCUUCCUGGCACAGCUGAAGGACGAGUGUCCCGAGGUGCGUCUGAACAUCAUCUCCAAUCUGGACUGUGUGAACGAGGUGAUCGGUAUUCGCCAACUGUCCCAGUCUCUGCUGCCCGCCAUCGUGGAGCUGGCCGAGGACGCCAAGUGGAGGGUGCGGCUCGCCAUCAUCGAGUACAUGCCCCUCCUCGCCGGACAACUGGGUGUGGAGUUCUUCGAUGAGAAGCUGAACUCUCUCUGCAUGGCCUGGCUCGUGGACCACGUGUAUGCCAUCCGAGAGGCGGCCACAGGCAACCUGAAGAAGCUGGUAGAGAAGUUUGGACCGGAGUGGGCACAGAACACCAUCGUCCCCAAAGUACUGGGCAUGGCCAACGACCCCAACUACCUGCACAGAAUGACAACACUCUUCUGUGUUAACGCCCUGUCGGAGGUGUGUGGUCAGGACAUCACCACUAAGCACAUGUUGCCGGUGGUGUUGAAGAUGGCUAAUGACCAGGUGGCUAACGUGCGCUUCAACGUGGCCAAGUGUCUGCAGAAGAUCGGACCCGUAAUCGACAGCAACUCACUUCAGACGGAGGUGAAGCCUGAGCUGGAGAAGUUGGCCACCGACACGGACGUGGACGUCAAAUACUUUGCCCAGGAGGCCAUCAGCGUGCUGGCUCUGGCCUGAGUUGAGCCUCUGCGUUCCCUGGCCAUCGAACAAGAUGGAGAAACAGCAGCAGCAGCAGCAGUCGCCGUUCAAGUCUAUUUAUUGAUCUCUAGUGGGACCUGUCCAUGUCUAUUGAUCUAGUCGUCCAGCGCUUCUCUCUGUCUCUCUCAUCAUGGUUAGGUGUCCCUCACUCCUCGCCACUGCUGCCUAUGGCUGACAUCGCGUGCGUUCGUGCGUGUGUGUGUGUGUGUGCAUGGACCAUGGCUGACUCCCUCUCCUGUCCCUUCUUCCUGGUGUGUGUGUGUGCGUGUGUGUGCGUGCGCGUGUGUGCCAUGGCUGUAAUCUUCCUGCAAGUUGUCACCAGCUGAUGCUGAUCGUGUGAGUUAUCUUGUCUUCUGAAUUUCACAGAAGCACAGAUGCUCCGCUUGCAGUUCUCUCUGUUUCCUCUAACCGCAUCCUUUAUUUUUAUCUUCCUUUUAUCCAUCUCAUCUUUCUUUCAUCCGUCUCUCUUCGUCUAUCUCUUUCCAUCCUCUCACUCUUUUUUAAACGCUCUGCCUGGUGAGUGGAUGUGUGAAAUAAGGCCUGGGUUGAAGGAGAGGAUUGUGCACAUCCCAGGAAAAGGUGCAGGACGAAGGCCAACUGUAGUUUUCAAAGCGAGAAGUCCCGCACACUUAGAAUCCUUUUUGUUGUCUUUUAUUAUUUCAUGGCUGGAUCCAGGCAUGAAAUAAUAAAAGACGGGAAAAAAGAUUUUAAGUGUACGGACUUCUCACUUUGAAACCUGAGUAAGGCCUGGGACCAUCUCUGAGAUGAUGUUGGUAUAGACCCCACCCCACCCCUCUCCUGCCGCUCUACUCCACUCCGCUCUGCUCUACUUUACGCCACUAGCCUGGGGUGCUGUUCCGUUGUACACUGGCUGUUCUUUUCCGCUUCCUCUGCUUCAGAUAGAAUUCGGAAAAACUAAGUGUUUUUUGGUCCCAAUUUUGAUCUUUGUAUCUGUGCCAAUGACCUUAGGAAGAAUUGCUUUUUUUAUUUCUUUUUUAUUUUUUUUGUUUAAAGCGAUCAGUAUUUUGUCCUGGUGUUUUAAAAUUUAAAUGUGUGAUAAGUCAAUUAUCUGAAUAAUGAUGACGAUAAAAAAGUUGCACAUUUGGGGUUGAUGGCACCAGAGGGGAUGAGUGGAGCUUAGGGAAGGAGCAAAGGAUUCUGGGAAGCAUUGGGGGUGUGGGGGGCGGUGACGAGGUCACUUCCUGUUUGGGUAUUUCUUGUAUCGUGUCCUGCAAAAUGCCUAGAGUUUAGGGCACAAGGCAUUCCCUCUGGUAGCCAUGCGUGUGGAAUCAUGGGGAUUGUAUUGUUUUUACUGUUAAACAUGACUACAGCCUACACUGUAUAUGGAAAUCUGAAUAAUAAACACACAAAAAAAUCA